GUUUUUCAGGGGUGGAUGGUCACGCGGCUAUUGUCACUGAACACCGAGUCUGAACACCGACAAAAAUUUCAAAAUAUCUCCAAAUUACGACUAUUUAAACAUCUUGAACUUCUAUAAAAGAUACAAAGAAAUUAUUGUACAGCGGAAAGUGUCUUACCACGACCUCCGGUCACCUUUAUUCUAGCGAUACAUGGCUGCACGAGGUCCACCACAACGCCCUAAUGGGUCAGCAGUUGGAAAAAUAUGUCAGUUUAAGCUUGUGUUAUUAGGAGAAUCAGCUGUUGGUAAGUCAAGCUUGGUGUUACGAUUUGUAAAAGGACAGUUUCAUGAAUAUCAAGAAAGCACCAUUGGAGCUGCAUUUUUAACACAGACUGUGUGUUUGGAUGACACAACGGUAAAGUUUGAAAUCUGGGAUACAGCUGGACAGGAACGAUACCACAGCUUAGCACCCAUGUACUACAGAGGGGCRCAAGCAGCUAUUGUUGUGUAUGAUAUUACCAACCAGGACACUUUUGGGAGAGCAAAGACUUGGGUCAAAGAAUUACAGAGACAGGCCAGCCCAAAUAUUGUGAUUGCRCUCUCAGGGAAUAAAGCUGAUUUAUCCAGUAAACGAAUGGUGGAUUAUGAGGAAGCACAAACAUAUGCUGAAGAAAAUGGCCUGUUAUUCAUGGAGACAUCAGCCAAGACUGCAAUGAAUGUCAAUGAUAUCUUCUUGGCCAUAGCCAAGAAAUUACCUAAGAGUGACAACACUCAGGGUGGACCACAGGCUGCCCAGCGCCAGAGAGGAGUGGACCUUCAAGAAACCAACCAACAAUCAUCUUCAGGCUGUUGUAAAUGACUUUCUUUCUUUUCAAAUACCAUGAACACAUGAUUUUAAACAGAUAAUGAAGAACAUUUAGUACCAAUCUUGUAAAGAAAUGUCACAAUAUCAAGGCAUGUCGAUACACAAUGGGAAAUGUAUAUGUAAAACCACCUUUCUCUGUAUUGCACUGUAAUAUUAACUACUUAUGUGUAGACUCUAUUGUAAAUCAGUACCUUAUCUUUCUUGAUAUUCAAUGUAACUAUCUGUUUAGGGUUCACCAGUCACACAGGCCCUUUUUUAUUCAUGUCUCACCUUAAACUGUAGGGAUUGAAAAAUAUAAAAAUAGCCAUAUUUUGUUAGAUAAUGUGGGUGUUCCCRCAGWACCCAAAUAGAAUUAAUUAUCAUUACCAUGAAAGCUUGUCACAUGCUUUGCCACCUACAAUGCAGAGGCCACAUUUCAUUAGUUAUUGAUUUUAUAUACAAUACAACAAAGAUAUUCUCUGSCUGGCAAUACCAAGAUGGUGUUAACAUCUUGGUAACACCAAGUCAGUAGAAUAUCUAAUGCUGGUAGAGAAAUAGAGUUUAAUGCCUUUAACUGUACUCAGGUGUUUCCAAUAAAUCAACUCAAACACUGA